UUUUCAAUGUAGAUUUGUACAUUGAUGGAGAGAAGAAAUGUUACAAAGAUCUUGGCUUUAAGAGGUACAAUGCUCUAUCUGUUAUGGGUGGCCUUCUUGCCAAGGAAACCAGACAAUCACUUUCAAAGAGCAAUGCCAAAGGGAUCAAAGGUAACAUGAAGGGAGAUGGUAUGCAAACUGGGGGUUUGCUAAUAGUAUCUCAGGAAGGCAAGGUCUUGUUCAGUCACAGYCAAACCUCUCCAGGUGACCACGUACCGAAUGUAACAAUACUAGAAGCUCUAGGAAUCAAAGAUGAAGGAGAAGGAGGAGAAACGAGUGCAGGUGGCGAGGCAAGUGGUGGGGCCAAGAUGGAGUGUAAUGAAGAUGCUUGCACCCUACCAGCAAAGAAGUAGUCAUUCAAAGAGAAUACCUUUCAAUGGAUAGUGGAACUUAUUUAAGUCAUAUUUGCUUUCUUUGGCUCAGGGCUACAGUGAACAGAAACAGGAUUUUAUGAAGCCAAUCUGAAAACCUGUCCAAAACAGGAAAGAACUGGCUGAUGUAAAACAGGAUAAACUUGUUUGUAACCUGUUUUUGAGCACCUUUUAGUCCAGUACCUAGUUAAGCUAUAUUUCACAAUAGAUAUCUCCCACUACCUAUUGGAAUAAAACAAGAAUGUGUAAUUUUUUGUUGUUGAAAAUAUUAAAGGAAAUUUAUUGAAUUAUAA